UAAGACUAUAUUGUUUAGAAAACAGUGCAAUUAAACUGAAUAUUGCUUAGCUGAGAAUCAGUUGAAAUAUUUUUUCUAGGUUAACACUUCUGACUAUUGAGAAAAUAAAUUAUCUUUUGAAAAUUAAACAAUGAUCUAACUUUAUUCAUCAAAAUAAUUAGAUACUUUUGUUUUCAAGGUUUAGUGGACACUUGUGAGUGACAGCUAGUGAAUAUCCCAACAUUUGUAUCAAAAUUAAUCAGUAAAGCAGACCAUGAAAACCCCAAACAAAGUGAGAAAAAGAAAAUUGGAGCCAUCAAGUACACCUGAAGAUGUGCCAUACUGUGAGAGCCCAAGUAAAGUUUCCAAAAGUGACCAAACAGGUGUCUUUAUUCCAGGGAAUCAUGAAGCUGAGAUGUGCUAUGGAGGAGAAGCUGAUCUACACAAACAUGUUACUGGCUGUAAGAAGAAUCCAGGUCACAAAGCUUUUAUACCUCUUAAAGAUUUCAACAUAAAUUGUCUCCCUUCACGUUACCAUGACGACGAGCUCAUGUCUGAGACAAUCAAAACAUUGGCAGCCCUAACUGUCCAGGUAAAGACUAAAUUCACCAGUCUAGAGAGACCAGAGUUUUACCCAGGCACUCAAGUUCCAUAUCCAUGUUAUAAUGACAGAGGAAGUCACGUGAUGAGGUUAGGGACGGGGAGGGUGGAAGGUGUGUACAAGUACACAGAGAGUGAUAGAAAAACUUGUCGUUGUGCCAAGUGUCAAGUCUCUGCCACACCCAGCAAAGUGUGGGGGAAGGUUUAUGUGUUGACAGCCACACACGUGGUGUUUGAUGACAGUGAGGCGAGACAGACCAGGUGUGUUUUAGGUUUUGAUGACAAUAAAAGUCCAGUUGUCAGUCUUGAUGGCUGGGAGGUGGAGAUGGCAGACAUUGAGGGAGACAUGUGUGAGUUGAGUUAUGUGACAUGUGACUUAGAGUUGGUUGAUGAACUGGACAAGAUGUAUCAGCGCUUUGAUGGUCUAUGUUGGGAAGUAAGCAACAAAUACGAGAGAUUUGUUGAUGUGGACAAGUUGACCGUUAUAGUGUCACAUCCUCAUGGCUGUCCUAAACAGGUCUCUGUAGGACAAUGGACACACAAACAUGAGAGGGAUGAUGGACGGUAUUACUGGACCAGUUACUGGUACACAACAUGUACAUGUCCUGGCUCCAGUGGAGCGCCUGUCUACAGGCUGGGAUUUGGCAGGUGGUUGUAUCACCAUCCCCACAGUGGAUCAAACUCUGAAGGAAAUUAUAGUGGGGAGUGGAGGUACUGAUGUAACUGUUAGUUCUCUCCCCUGGUCUACACAAUGUAAACAAACAAAAUGGCGGAACCUUUCCCGUCAUUAAACUGUUUGUGUAAAGACUUGCCUAUGUUGUAAAUAUUUUAUAACAUGUAAAUGAUUAAAAGAAAUGUUUUGAUUG